CAGACAGGUUUGAACUCACUGUGUCUGGCAGAAAGUGAGGGAGGAAAAGAGAGCUGAGGAGGGGAGUGGCAGAUCAGAGCAUCAAAAGCAAACCACAUGUAAGACUUUCUAUCAGACCUGUACCACUGAAUCGCCUGGAUACAGUACAAGAACAGAGUGACAGACCACUGGAUAAAGAAGAAAGAGACUUAAAGAGAUCAUUUGCUCAAGAGAUUUCAGAAAUAGAUUUGGAUUCCCAGAACCCUCCAGAGGACUAAGAUACUUGGCAAAUAAGGAACAUACCAAUGAAGCAGACCUGAAAUGUCACAAGCUCUUACACAACAUGUGCACACUUUAGCCAGUAGUGCCUCAUUCCAGUGUAAAACCGCUGAUUAGAGCCAUGCCAUUCUCACGCAGCUUCCUGUCUGAAGAGCAGCUGCUGUGUUCCAUCUGCUUAGAUGUGUUUGACAAUCCGGUGUCCGCUCCAUGCGGCCACAGCUUCUGCAUGGCCUGCAUCAGGCAUUACUGGGACACAGCGAAGCACUGCCAGUGCCCCCUCUGCAAGCAGACCUUCAAGAGAAGGCCCGAUCUCCACAUUAAUCGGACUCUACGUGAGAUCACCGAACAGUUUAAGCGUAUGGUGGCAAGCCCAGGAGACUCUGGGGGGGUCGGAGCAGGUGGAGAGGCUGAGGAAGGGGGAAUGACACAAGAAACAGUGGAUGGGGCACAAAAGCCAGGCCAUCUUCCAGGACUUCUUCUUAACGAAAUGAAGCAAAGAUUAUCACGGCACAAGGUACACAGCAAUUCUCAGGCAUGUCAUGAGGAAAGAGGGUCUGAACAAACACCAAACACAAAUACUAAUGGCACCCAGCCUCCUGUUAUUGACAGACAGUUGUCCCUGCGAAGGUAUACCCUAAGUGGGGCGGCAGACGCCAUGAAAGUGCCCCUUUGUCCAAAACAUCACUGUAACCUGGAACUGUUCUGCUUGUCUGAUCGUGAAUGUAUCUGUAUUGAGUGUGGACAAACGGAACACCAAUCACACAACAUCACAUGUGCCGAGAAAGAGUGGCGCAGUAAUAAGAUGAAGAUCUCUAUCACAGAGACAGAGAUACAGGAGAUGACCAGGGAGAGGAUGCAGAAAGUGGAGGAGAUCAAACAAUCACUAGUUGACAUUAGACUGGCCGAGAAUGAGGUGCAGCGCAGCAUGCAGCUGUUUGGGGUGUUGAUGAGCUCCCUUGAACGCAGCCAGGCCGGCCUGCUGGAAGUGACUGAGAUCAACCGUCGCUCAGCAGAGCACCAGGCUGAGGUCAUGAUCAGAGAGCUGGAGCAGGAGAUCACAGAGCUCAAGACGAGAAGCACAGCGCUGGCUAAACUGGCCAAAACUGAAAAUUUUGUCACUGGACUGAAGGGCUACUCUGAUCUCAGUACUCCCACGUCAAUGAAAGAUUGGACGGGUGUAUCACUGACCUGUGACCUUGGAACUAAAGCAAUUUACGCCUCUGUCUGUCUGUUACUGGAACAGUUUAAGGAGGAGCUUCGGAAACUGCCUACAGUCUGCCUCUCUGUAUCUGCUAACCAAUCACUGCUGACAUCACACCCAAAAGUGAAGAGAGUACAGGAAUAUGCAGUGGAUGUGACCCUGGACUCCAACACUGCUCAUCCACGUCUCAUCCUAUCAGAAGACAAGAAGAAGGUGUGGUGCGGUGAAAAACAGCAACAUGUCCCCGACAGCCGUGAGCGCUUUGACCGUGUAGUCUGUGUUCUGGGGCGUGAGGGCUUCAGCGGUGGCCGACACUACUGGGAGGUAGAGGUCGAUGGAAAGACCGACUGGGACCUGGGGGUGGCGAGUCAUUCCAGCAACAGGAAAGGAAAGAUCACAGUCAGCCCCAGCAACGGCUACUGGUUUCUUAGCUUGCGGGACAGGAACAACUAUGCCUUCAGGACUGAGCCUUCCACUGCCCUACCCCUCAGCCUGAAACCUCAGAAGAUAGGGCUGUUUGUGGACUACGAAAAAGGCCAAGUGUCAUUUUAUAAUGUGGACGCAAAGAUGCACAUCUACACAUUUAUGGACAACUUCUCUGAGACCAUUUAUCCGUUUUUCAGUCCCUGUACCAACAAAACAGGCAAUAAUGAUGCUCCGUUGGUGAUCACACCUGUCCUUCUUGACUGAACAGAGACUUGAGAAGGUUUUAUGACCAAGCAACUGGUCCAUAAUGUGUUUUUUUGCCAUGUAAUUUGUCUGCUAGCAUGUUGGCACUUCAAUGAUAACACAAAGUGCACCUUUACUGCUAAAAAUAGUGUUUUCACACCAACAAAUCUGCUAAUCUCGAUUAUUCUAUUGAAGUCAGCAUGAAACGGAAGAUGCGAUAGUCUUUUAUUCCCUAUUGUGAUAUACAUGUGAGUGACGUGGCUUCCUGAACAAGAAAAAAAGUAGGGCGGGACUUAAUUUUGUCCAUUGGGAAUCGGUUGGAUGGUUGUGGUUUGCUAUUGGUCGAUCUCAUAUGAGUGACAGUUUGUCCCGCCCUCAUGCCAGUAAACAUGUCAUCAGAGAAGAGAUGUCGCUGCAAGAGGGAGGAGGUUAUUUUGAUUAAAAAUUACAAGGGCACAUGAAUUUAAAAAAAAAAAAAAAAACUUAUGAUUUCAUGGUGACUUUAACAUAAAAUCAACAGGAAUUAAUCUUCAGGAUAAAAUAAGACUUUACAUUUCUUGUCAAUUAAACAAUACUGCACUGCAGUCUUCUAUGAAUAACAAUAUUGUGUACACUCUAUUGCUUGUCAGGCACUGAAGAUGAAAUUUAAUACUUUUAUAAAAGCUGGAUAUUAUGUUAGUUUGUAUCUUGGCUUUGUCCACCGUUGCAGGCCACACAGUUAAAUCUACUCAUGCAAUUCUCACACACUGCACUUUAUGUUUCUGUUAAGAAGAGUGUACUUCUGAUCAUGAUGAAAUAAACAUUUCAGUGUCAGAUGGCAAGUUACUUCAGGUAAUUUCUCUCUUUA